AUUCUUCUUGAGGGUCGCGUCAACACAAUACUCACACUUCCGACCAGCACAUCUUAACCCGCAAACAGCUGUUGCCAUAUUGGCAGUGAUGGUUCAGGUCGACCAUUGAGACGCCUGCACGACCACACGCAAAUGUACUCAUGAAUCAAGUCCACCUCGUCGGGUUGAUUCAAAGGUAAGUUUUAACACACACACUCUGAUCUCUUUUUCUUCAAGCGGCCUUUCUAUUUCUUUUCUGGCAAAUAUCAAUGGCGUCCCAAUCUGCUCCAUCUACACCCAGAGCUGUAUCGGUGCUCGCCCCUGUCCCCGAUGCGUCACGGACGCCUGGAAAAUGGCGCCAUCCUCGUCUCAAUGAAGUUGUAAGGCGACAGAAUGCUGGAACAUUCGGAGAUCGCAAUAUUCGAAAGCUUAUUUGGAACGGUGCUGCCUUGGUUGCGACCUGGGUAUUCGGAAACACGGUUAAAUCAUAUUCGAUUCGCCUACAGAACUUGGGCCAGUACCCCGCUUAUCCAGACCUUGCGCUGCACGUUGUACAGCUCAUUCUUGCGUUGAACAUCCUGAUUGCAUUAUACCCUUUGUUCCGACCGAAAGAUGACCUCUCCGAUAUCCCUCUCACUCCUACACAACGUUCCCUCCUCGGACUUGAUCCGUCCGCGACUCCACCGCUUACGCCGGGGACUACGUACAUUACACCACCGAGGUAUCGACUGUCUGCCUCGAGAACACCGACUCCAGCGAGCAAAGGUGCAUCGUCGCCCCUAUCCGGUAGUGCCGGUCUUUCAGGGCGUAGACUUUCAUCGGGCGCAUCAUUUUCGCCAUCGACUAGUCCGCUACUGUACAAAGCCGUUUCGAACGGAGGCAAGGAGAGCGGGCGACGGCCAAGCUUCGGGUCUUCUUCGACAUUCAGUCGCAGUUCGCUUUUCGGGGAGUCUAGCAUAGGGCCAGCGAGUCCUUCGCCUGUAGGGGGCAAGCGCGCGAACCUGGGAUUGAGCAACAAGUGGUUGUAUGAAAGAAGUAGGCGGCUCUCUGCUAGUAACGGGAGUCUAUAAUUCGGGCUGAUUGGCGUCGGCGCAAUUACGAAUGGAAGUGAUCGUGUACAUUGAGCUUAUUAGAUUGAGCGUUAAUUUCACAAAUUGCAUAGGG